UCUCAGGUGGACAUGGCCUGCAGGGGCCACGCUCGACCCAAGGGACUGACCUGGACCCUAGGACUGACCCUGGCAUGGAUCCUGCUGGGAGCCUGUGGAGGAAGCCGCCUACUCCCAGCUAUGUCCCGGAGACAUCAUAGGCUGGCGGCCGAUCUUGGCACAGGUCAGCUGCACCUUGCAGAGAUGGACACGCCAGAGGCAUCGGACCCUGGGAUGGUCCCAGAACGCUGUGGGGACCCGAGCCCCGGGUGCGAAUCCUUUCUGGGACACCUCCAAGUUGUCCUCCACAGUCGCUUCCGCCUGCUGUUACUGGGGAUACGCCAAGCGCAGCCGCUCUGUUCCGAGCUCUGCGAUGUCUGGUUUGCCACAUGCGAAAACGAUAUUACCUGCGGCCCGACUUGGCUCCCACUUCUAGAAAAGAGGGGCUGUGAGCCUGGCUGCACUACCUAUGAGCAGACCUUCGCUGACGGGGCGGACCUUUGCCACUCGGUUCUGGGCUACGCGCUGCCGGUGGCAGCUCCUGGCGCCGGUCACUGCCUCAACAUUUCCAUCUCGGUACUGCCGGGUUCCAGACAGGAACGGAAGGCCCGGGAAAUCGCCUUCCCGCGUUUCCGCCGUUCACGCACCUGGAUCCUGGAUGGUGCGGGCAGCGGGAGUGGCAGUGGAGGCGGCAGCGGCCCCUAGGGGGGCGCGGGGCCUUGGAUGGGAGAUGAGCCCCUUCCCCUGACCCGACCCUCAAGACACCCAGAGCUCCACCUCUCUCCCGCUCUGCCUUCUAGUUUCGAGUCCUGUCCCGCCUCCCUGGAGUCCCAGAGACUCGCCCUUCUCCAGGUGAUCAAAGAAAUAAUCCAGCUCUAGCUCAUCUUGCCCUCUCCCCCCUGAAUAAAGUCGCCAACUAGAGCACUGUGAUGUGGCUGCUUCUUGGGGAAAUAGGUGGCAAGAAUAGCUGCCAGAAAGUGAUCAGUGUCUCACUUCAAAUCUUCAGGUCCCAGAAUUAGCAAGUGAUGCGCACUAGCAUGUAAAUGAUAGCCUAUAUUCUGAGCACUUUCACAACUUGGAAUAUCCAGGUGUCAGAAAUGGAGAGGGGUCCAGAAGAGGGGCUGACAAGGGCAAAAGAUAUGCUCCCCCACUGUAUG